GCUAGAAGGUAUGAGUUGUAUCGUACAAGUGUAAUAAUGAAGUUGCUGGUGUUGCUGUGCUUGGUGCCCUUGGCCCUUGCGACCCUUGACAAAGACAAGACACCUAAUGGUCCCAGAAUAAUGACACCCUUGGGAGGAAUCCGAGGGUUCUACAAGUACUCACAGAAUGGAAGAAAGUUCAUGGCCUUCGAGGGAAUUCCGUACGCACAGCCACCAGUUGGAGACCUCCGAUUCAGGGCUCCCCAAAAGCUGGGUUCAUGGACCGGUGAUAUCGUAGCCCUGAAGACAGGUGCUCCCUGUCUCCAGUACCAGCACACCCCCCUGAACCAGAAGGAGAGAAUCGUCGGUUCUGAGGACUGUCUCUACCUGAACAUCUACAAGCCCCUGACCGAGAAAACCAAGCCCCUCCCCGUCAUAAUCUGGAUCCACGGUGGUGCAUUCCAAUGGCACAUGGAGGCCCGUGACGGACAGUUCACCAAACCCGACUACAUAAUGGAUCGUGACGUGAUCCUAGUGACCUUCAGCUACCGUGUCGGACCCCUGGGUUUCCUGUCCACCGGUGACGAUCUGAUCUCCGGUAACAUGGGUCUCAAGGAUCAGAACAUGGCCAUUCACUGGGUCAAGGAGAACAUCAAGGGCUUCGGUGGUGAUGCCGACGAGAUAACCCUCUUCGGUUUGAGCGCUGGUGGUGUAUCGGUUCACUACCAGUACCUGACACCGCUGUCCAAACCCGGUCUAUUCAAACGUGGACUCUCCUUCAGUGGAAACGCCCUGAACCCAUGGGCCAUCACCGAGAACGCCCCAGAGAAGGCCAAGAAACUCGCCAGCAUCGUCGGCUGUCCCACCAACGACAUCACCGAGAUGGUCAAGUGUCUGAAGACCCGUCCCGCCCGCCAGAUCGCACGUACGGACAUGGAUUUCAUGGUGUUCGAGUUCAACCCAAUGACGCCCUUCGGACCAGUGGUGGAGAAGACAACAGCGGAGACUCCCUUCAUUACCAAGAUCCCUCACGAGAUAAUCAUGAAGGGAGAAGCUCUGGACGUACCCUGGAUCACCGGAGUUGUACCCGAGGAGGGUCUCUACCCAGGUGCCGACUUCUGCGCCAAUCCUGUACUUCUCAGGGAGUUGGACGCCAGAUGGGACGAGCUUGCCCCCCACAUUCUUGACUUCAACUACACUAUUCCCCUGAACAAGCAGAUGGACGUCGCCAGAACGCUCAGGAAGCACUACAUCGGUGAUGGACCAAUUGACAAGAGGACAGCUAUGGGACUUGUCCACAUGAUUGGUGAUCGUUUGUACGUCAUGGGCGGUGUCAAGGCUGUCAAACUGAUGGCCAAGUACAACAAGAGCCCCAUAAGGUACUACUACUUCACCUACCACGGCGCUGACAGCCUCUCCUACGCUAUGACGAUGACAAACGAGGACUGGGGAGUUGCUCACGGUGAUGAUCCUUACUACAUCGUUGGAUCACCCUUCAUGGACCCCACGACCACUGAAGAGGAUCGUGCCAUGCAGAGGGAACUCCUGGACAUGUGGACGACUUACGCGAUCAAGGGAAAACCUGAGGUACCACUGGACUGGACCACAAUUGACCCCAGCAAGGAGGAGCUCGUCUACCUCCACAUCAAGGGUCCAGGUCAAUACGAAAUGGACUCUGACAAGAACUUUGGACAGAUCAAGCUGUGGGAAAGCAUUGACUUCGACGAGGGCAAAGUUGGGGGACGAAAGAUUGAAUUGUAAUUCUAUAAUUGACUAUCGGUGUUUCUGAUUUUUAUACUUUGAUAUUUUUGUAGUUUUACGAACAUUUUAUGAUGAAAUAUAUUUUGUGUAAAAAGUGA